GCCUCAUCAGCUGAUUGUUCAUUUUGAAAAGGAAAAUAUUUCAGAAUCAAUCAUUUGUUUAUUUGUUUUCGUUUUAUUUUCUUGCUAAAAGGUAAUUGAUUUUGUACUUCGAACCGUUUUUUAAUCAUGUCCAGUGAUCAUCCAUCUGAUUGUGUUGGAAUUGAUAGCGAUCAGGCCGGUAAAGCUCCAGGAUGUGCUGGUUGUCCCAAUGCUGAGAUUUGUUCAUCGACUAAACCUCAAGUUGAUGAAUCGGCUCAAUUGCUUCAAAUCGAGAGGAGAUUAAGAUCAAUCAAUCAUAUUAUCUUGAUUAUCUCGGGUAAAGGUGGUGUUGGUAAAAGUACAUUCUCAUCAAUUUUAUCGCGUUUUCUGGCCUCCAAUGAAACGAUUAACGUUGGAUUAUUGGAUAUUGACAUUUGUGGUCCAUCGAUACCUCGAGCUAUGGGUUUAGAGGGUGAACAGGUUCACAUGUCGGCCGAUGGUUGGUCACCUAUUUUCGUCCAAGAUAAUUUGGCCGUUAUGUCUUCCGGGUUUCUUCUUGGUUCUCUUGAAGAUGCUGUCAUUUGGCGAGGACCCAAAAAGAAUGGACUAAUCAAACAGUUUCUCUCUGAUGUCGAUUGGCCUCCUCUUGAUUAUCUUAUUAUCGACACUCCACCGGGAACUUCGGACGAGCAUCUUUCAAUUGUUUCUUACCUUAAAAAGUGUUCCAACCUGAGAGGUGCUCUCAUUGUGACCACACCUCAAGAAGCGGCUCUUCUAGAUGUUCGUAAGCAGAUUGAUUUCACACGGAAAGUUGGCCUACCGAUCAUCGGACUCAUUGAGAAUAUGUCACAUUUUGUUUGCUCUUCAUGUUCAAAGGAAUCUUUUAUCUUCAAGCCAACAUCGGGUGGAGUUAAAUCAUUAACAGAAUCAACUAACAUUCAACUUCUCACUUCAAUUCCAAUUGAUCCGAUUAUUGGAAAAUCCAUUGACCUGGGAAUCGCUUGUUGGGAUGAGAAUAAUAAAUCACCCGCAGUCAAUGCCUAUCGAACUCUAAGCAGAAAAAUAAUCAACAUGUUCCCGGUUUAGAAAAUUGAUUUAGUUUCGUUUUCUUUUACUAUUACAAUAAGAGAGUGCAAAUAGUUACAAAUAAUGGUCAAUAAAUAUUCACAUUGGCUUUUUGAUUAA